AUGAAAAGAUCAUCUGAGAAUUCCAACGAUUCUUCUAAAAUACAGGUUACUGAAGAUGGUAAAGCAAAAUCCUUGUUCAAUUCCAAGUUAUGGGACCCAGAAUUUCGUGAUCAGAUGAAGGAUACAAUUACUAAUAAUAAACCUUAUGAAUGGGGCACAAUUACUGACCUAGUUGAUGAUGAGCUGCUACGUGCAGUUCGUAAAGAAAUUGAAACUGAAAUUUCAUUUUCUACUAAAGAAACAGAUAUUUAUCGUUUAAAUCAGAGUGGUGAUUUAGCAAAUUUAUCAAAUCUUGAUGAUGAAAAUUUAAAAAGAUUACCAAACCUUUAUAAAUUACGUUCAAUUUUAUAUUCAAAUGAAUUUAGAAAGUUCAUGGCCUAUAUCACUCAAUCGGGUAAGUUAUCUGAAUCUAAAAGAGACUUGAAUAUUGCAAUUUAUAAUAAGAAUUGCCACCUUUUACCUCAUGAUGAUGUUGUUGGUUCCCGAAGAAUCAGUUAUAUUUUAUAUUUACCUGAACCUGAUAGAAAAUGGAAGGACCAUUAUGGGGGUGGUUUAAGAUUGUAUGAUUCUAAGAAAGAGAAUGUUCCAUACAAUGAUCCCUUUGCAAAGUUAGUCCCACAAUUCAAUCAAAUUGCUUUCUUUAAAAUUCAACCAGGCCUUUCUUUCCAUGAUGUUGAAGAAGUUGUUGUUGAUAAAAAUAGAUUAUCUCUACAGGGCUGGUUUCAUAUUCCACAAGAAGGUGAAGAUGGAUACAUUGAAAAUGAAGAAAAAGAAUGGAUUCAAAAUUAUAUAACAAAAUUAACAGAAGAAGAUGCUAGUGAUGAAUUAAAACAAUAUGAGUUCCCAAAGGAUGAUAGAUCAUUGAUCUCAUCAUCUUUAAUAAAAGAAUUCGAAAAAAGUUUUAAAGAUUUUGAAUUUACAAAAUUGACAGAUAACGAUAUAAAACUUUUAAAAGAUUUCAUUUCAGAAGAAUACUUGACAAAUGAAAAAAUUGCAGAAAUACAAGAGGAGUUUAUUGCAAAUAGUACUAUCAACCUUUCAUCAUUCUUAAACGAUGAAAAAUCAGAACUAUUAAAAAAUUUGAUUAAACAUGAAGAAUUGCAAAAUGAAUGCCCAAAUUUAACAAAAGAUGUUAAGAACCCAUGGAAAGUAGCUUCUCCAAUUCAUAAAUGGAAGUUUAUGUACAUUGAUGGUAAACCAGAAUUAAAAGACGAUAAUCAAGAAGACAAUGAAGGCUCUAACUUUAAAUUAUUGAGAGAAACAAUUGAUCAGGAAAGAUUGAAAUUGGAAAACGAAUUAAUUAAAGUAGUUGAAUUUUUGAAAAGUAAAACGUUUAAGAAAUUUAUUUUGUUAUUAACCAAAAUGAUCCCAAUUACUGAACAAAUUUUAAUUAGAAGAUUUAGAUCUGGUAACGAUUUCACAAUGGCUAACCGUAUUGAAUUAAACAAAUAUUUGGAAAAUAUUGAAGGUUACAUUGCAAGUAUCUUAGAAGCUACAUUAUGCUUAACACCAAGUACUAAUUGGGAAGAUGGGACUAAUGGUGGUUACGAAGUUUUCAUGGCCGAAGUAGAUGAUAAUGCUGUGAAUAUUGAUAUUAAAGACACUACUGUUUAUGAUAAUAAACAUGAUAGUGUAUUAAUCAAUAAUAAUGCAAGCUGGAACACUUUUAGUUUAGCAUUAAUUGAUGAUAGCUUGCUAGAAUUUGUCAAAUAUGUUAGUUUCAAUGCCAAGGGUAGUAGAUGGGAUAUCAAGAUGAAAUGGGAUGUUAAGGAAUAA